AUGUCAGACCCUAAUGCGAUACUCGUCGAGUGUCGGGUUGAAUAUGCUAUGGGUAGUGCAAUCAUUGGCUUGCGAUUCUUCGCACGAUGGAAAACGCAGGGAUGGCGAGGCUUCUACUGGGACGAUUUCUUUGCAUUCUCGUCUUGGGUUUUCUUCACAUUGAUAUAUGCAAUGGUAGAAUUCCUUAGUGUAAAUGAGGCUCCUAUAGCGAUGACACAGGAACAGCGCGAAUCUCUCCCACCGGCAAUGCGAAAGUCGAUGCGAGAAGGUGCAAAGGUCAUGUUUGCGUCCUUUUACUUUUUGAUCUUCCUUGUAUGGAGUCUCAAAGGUUGUCUAAUUAUUUUAUUUCUACAUUUCACGAAAGACAGAUUUUUGUAUCGAUACGUGCAGGUUGUCGGGGGUUUGUCAGUUGCCGCUUUCAUAUCGGCAGUCGUCACACAGACUACACACUGUUUGCCUUUGGAAAAGAACUGGCAAGUUCUGCCUGAUCCGGGCAAGGAAUGCUCAGCCGGCGUUGUCAUCAACAUUGUUAUCGCAGUGGGAAACGUCUUGGUUGACGCGAUGCUGCUCGUAGUGCCUGUGUGGAUGCUCAAAGAUACAAAGAUUGGCGUUUGGCGUAAAAUCAAAAUAAUAUUUCUUCUUUCGCUGGAUCUUUUCGUCAUGGGUAUGGCUACUGCCCGCUGUGUCCUUUCAAUCGGAACUUCUGUUCAAGUGGCCCUUGCCUCAGUAUGGGCACAACGCGAGGCUGUUGUGUCAAUUUUCGCUGUCAACGCACCAGUUAUUCAUGGUCUCUUCAGAUCCAAGACUUGGAAACUGGAAGAGUCCUCAUGCGAAUCCUCAUCAAGUCAGACUUCUACUGAACUCAGCAGUACCAGAAAGAAGACCAAUAUUGGAAUGGCGAUGACGGAAACCGAAACGAGUAGUAGGGCGAGUACCUUUGACUCGGUCACGGAUGAAUCGCCUGUUUCAUCCCCUUCGCAGUUGCGCUACUCUCCGCAUGGGAAAAAUAAAAAAGGAAGGCCUAUGCGAAUGAAUUGA